AUGCCGUCCAUCGCUACCAAGAUCGGCCAUGGCCUUGCCAAGGGUCUUGGCAUCCAAUUACAAGAAUCUGACCACGGGCGCGAUACCGUCACCCGAGGCGAGUCCGUCAUGUCUACCCAAACCAGCGACUCCUUCUUCGAAGGCCCGCCAACGUCACUCGAGUGGCUUCAGGAACAGGUUCCCACCCGCCAAGAGUCGACCGCCUAUGCCAAAUCUCUUUUCCCUUUUCUCUCUUGGAUCACACACUACAACCUGCAGUGGCUGGCUGGUGAUCUCGUCGCCGGCAUCACCAUUGGAGCUGUCCUGGUCCCUCAGGGCAUGGCCUACGCCAUGCUCGCCAACCUCGAGCCGCAGUUUGGCCUCUACUCGUCCUUCAUGGGCGUUAUAAUCUAUUGGAUCUUUGGCACUUCGAAAGACAUUUCUAUCGGUCCCGUCGCCGUGCUCUCCACCGUCGUCGGCACUGUCGUGGCAGAUCUGAGGUCAUCUGGCUUGCCAUACUCGGCAAAUGUCAUUGCCUCUGCUCUAUCCAUCAUUUCCGGCUGUAUCGUCUUGGGAAUGGGUCUGCUGCGUCUCGGUUGGUUGGUUGACUUGAUAUCCAUCACAUCCCUGUCUGCUUUCAUGACGGGUUCUGCCAUUACCAUUGCUGUCAGCCAACUGCCUGCUCUUCUGGGCCUUCACGGCUUUUCCAACAGAGACGCACCGUACAAGGUCGUCAUCAACACCCUCAAAAAUCUGCCUCACUGCAAACUCGACGCCGCGCUCGGCCUCACCGCGCUGUUCCUUCUCUACCUCAUCCGAUACACGCUGACCCGUGCCGCCGAGCGAUGGCCCAACAAGAAACGCAUAAUCUUUUUCGCCAACACCAUGAGGACCGUCUUUGCCAUUUUGCUUUACACCAUGAUCUCGUGGCUCGUCAACCGGAACCGCCGCGAUCAUCCAGCUUUUAGCGUCCUCGGCGUUGUGCCCAAGGGCUUUCAAAAUGUCGGCUCUCCUCACCUGGACAGCGCUCUCAUUUCCAAGUUUGCCACGCACUUACCCGCCACCGUCAUUGUCAUGCUCGUUGAGCACAUUGCCAUUUCCAAGUCUUUUGGUCGUGUCAACAACUACACCAUAGACCCUUCCCAGGAAAUGGUUGCCAUUGGCAUGACCAACAUUCUUGGACCUUUCCUUGGAGGCUACCCUUCGACGGGCUCUUUCAGUCGUACUGCUGUCAACUCCAAGGCUGGUGUACGCACGCCCGCUGCUGGCAUCAUCACCGGCCUCGUGGUCUUGAUUGCCACCUACCUUCUCACGGCGGUUUUCUUCUAUAUCCCUAGCGCGUCUCUCGCCGCCGUCAUCAUCCACGCCGUUGGCGAUCUCAUUACGCCUCCCAAUACUGUCUACCAGUUUUGGAGAGUCUCGCCUUUGGAGGUGUUUGUCUUCUUCAUUGGUGUCUUUGUUAGUGUCUUUGUUCACAUUGAAGAAGGCUUGUACGCCACCGUCUGCCUCUCCGCAGCUAUCCUCCUCUUCCGCAUUCUCAAGGCACGUGGCCGAUUCAUGGGCAAGGUUCGCGUUCACUCUGUUCUCGGCGACCACGUCAUCGGCGCCGACGACAGGCAGGUUGUUGGCGAGUAUGGCACAUUUACCGAGACGCUGGAGAACUCUUCCCGCAACGUCUUUUUGCCUCUUGACCACGGCGACGGCUCCAACCCCGAAGUUGAGCUCGAGAACCCGCAUCCUGGUGUCUUCAUCUACCGUUUCUCUGAGGGCUUCAACUACCCCAACGCCAACCACUCCCUGGAAUAUCUUGUUGACUUUAUCAAGUCGCAGACGCAGCGCACCAGCGCUGAGAUGUUUGACCGCAAGGGCGACCGACCGUGGAACAACCCCGGCCCCCGCAAGACGGCCAAGAGCCGCGAGACACACGAGGAUCGGCUGCCGACUCUCAAAGCCAUCAUUCUCGACUUUAGCUCCGUCAACAAUGUCGACAUUACUUCGGUGCAGCGACUCAUCGACGUCCGCAACCAGCUCGACAAGUACACCGCCCCCGAGGUGGUGGACUGGCACAUUGCCUGCAUCAACAACCGCUGGACCAAGCGAGCCCUGAUUGCUGGCGGCUUUGGCGUGCCAACAACGCCCUCGGACGCCGCACCGCACCGCUGGCGCUCCAUUUUUAGCGUGGCCGAGAUUGGUGGCAAGACCUCUGCCGCGGCCGUCGCCGAGGAAAACGCAUACGACCGCGACCUGGCGCUUCGCCACAGUCGGGCGUUGGACGAGGAGAUGGGCAAGGCGGGUGACCUGGGCGCCUUUGACUCGGACGAGGUCGAUUCUACCGGAUUUGACGAGGAGAAGCCGCCGAAUCUGGCGGCGACACUUCGCCAGCGUCGCAAGGGCGCCGUCGUCAGUGGCCUCGACAGGCCGCUGUUCCAUGUUGAUCUGACGAGCGCUGUGCAAAGCGCCAUUUCCAACGUCGCGGCCAGAGAAGAAUUCCGUGCCGAGUCAAUGACGGAAGCGUCUUGA